CUCCUCCUCCUCCUUCUCUCCUUCCUCCUCCUCCUCCUCUUACUCUGCUUCCAUCAGUUCCUCCUCCUACUGUACCAACUAAAGUCAAACUCUCUACCAAAGCUCAAUGCACCAGUUCCAGUAAUGACUGCCCUCCCUUAUCACCAGUACCUAGCUUUGAGUCAGUGUCAAACUCACCAACAUAUCCUACCCAGCAAGCUCCUCCAUUUAGACCUAAUCCUAAUAAAGGGAAAGCUACCAGUGGCGGCAGUUUUGAGCGGCCUAGGUCAGUAUCAAUCGACACUACUCCUAAGAAGAAGCACUCUGCCUCAGAAUUGAAUAGCAGUUUUCUUGCUUGGCCUCCUCACAUAUUUCAUUCUCCUGGUCUUGACAGCAAUGGCUGUCCCAUAAGGCCUUUAUUGCAAGAGUGUGUGGAGGCUGUUCCUGUCCCUGACGUGUUCUCAAGCUAUGAUGAUUAUGUGUCCAUCAUGAAGCCUCUUCUAUUAAUGGAAAUAUGCGAUAAUGUGUAUGAUGCUAUUCGUUCCAAGCACUGUUCUCCAUAUUUAAAAGCUGUCGUAAUAGAUUGUAAACAAUAUCCAUCGGAACCAUCGUCUUGCCUCUACACAAUGUCAUGCCGUGUCUCCGUACCAAAAGCACAAAUCAAUAAUUGGCUUUCUGAAGAAUACCUUGUCUUGUUUGAGGCAGCUGGUGAUACUGGGGAUGGCUCAGAAGUUGAAGCUGCUAAUACAAUGGACUUGGAGCAAGAGCAAAAGUUUGGAUUAGUGGUAAACGUUUUCACACGGAAUGAGCCUUCUCCUUCUGAGUCUAAAAAAAUUGAAAUAUGCGUACAGUUCUGCUCUGUUGUUGCUCCUGAUAUAAAGUGCAUUAAUCUAAGAUUUGUGACUUAUCUGUCAACUUUUAUUCGCAAGUGGUACGGACUCAUUAAUCUUCAUCGUAAUCAAGUCGUUAGGGAUUUAAUGAAUCCAAGGGGUGGACCUUAUUUUUGUAGCAAGACUAAUGAAGAGCCUAAUGGAGAUUAUGAUUCAAAUGGUACCACUUACAAUGCCCAGCAGUCCCUGGCCAUCAGUAGUGCUGUAUCAAUGGUUAAAGAUGCUUUUAGUAUUCCUCGUGUUCUCAUGGUGUCUGGUCUGCCAGGAACUGGUAAAACACACACAGUCAUUGGGAUGGUAGAUGCUAUAUUAAAGGAAUUAAAACCAAACAAGUCAUUCCCUUCUGCUGUGCCUGGUUCUUCCUCUUCUCAGCGUAAACCUCAUUUAUUUGUUUGUGCUCAUUCAGCUCCUGCAAUUGAUGAAAUCAUUCUCAGGCUAAAAGAUUUGAAACUAAUAUCAAAUGAAAGAUCAAGAAGCUGUUAUAGUCUGGUAUAUUUUGGUUAUUCUUCACAUACAAAUAUCAACAAAGAAUUCACUUUAGAUGAGCUUGUCAAGCAAGAGAAAGGAGCAAGCAGUUUAUCAAAGGCUGAACAAAAGGACUGUGAUAGGAUAAAAAGCAAAUUAUCUGAUGUAGACAAAGAUAUAAAUAUUAUGAAACACAAGAAAGAAAAUGAGAGAGCUGGAAAUGAUGCUUUGAAGAAACUGGAGAAACUUAGAAAAGGACUAGUUGAAGAAAUGAAUAAGUUGAUGUCCAAGAAUAAAGGAAGCACCUGUAAUAAUGAUGAGCUCAGGAGGAACUUGCUUUUAAAUGCUGACAUUGUCUGCUGUACACUCAACUCUGCUGGAAGGAAACUAUUGAGAAAUUUGUUUUCUGCCAAGAAUCAACUUCACUUCAGUUGCAUUAUAAUUGAUGACGCUUCUCGCUGCUCUGAGUUAGAGACUCUCAUCCCACUUGAGUAUGGCUGCAAUAAAAUCAUCCUUCUUGGUGACCCAGGCUUCCUUUCCACUCCAAGAACAACCCCCAUCAGCCCUGACCAGCAGAUCAUGCGCACCACAGAGAAAUUUAGAAUAGGACAGAGCCUGUUUCAAAGACUCCUUCACUGCUUCUCUAGAAAUAAAGGUCCCAGUGUUGUUCGAUCCCUUGAAGUCCAGUACAGAAUGUCUCCCUCUUUGUGUCAUUUUCCUUCGCAGCACUUCUAUAGAGGAAGACUGAGGAGUGAUACGUCGUUAACAGAGACUUAUGCUCAGAGUAAAAGGUCACUCAAGCCGUUUCUUUUCUUUAAUACAACAGCUCCAUCAUCAAAUGCAAAUUAUUCUCUUCUCAAGAAGUUAGUGCAUGCUUUAUUGGAAAGUGGCGUCCUCCCAAGAAAAUUGGGGAUCAUCAAUUAUGAUAAACGGAGAACUGCAAAACUGAAGGAGUGGCUAUCUAACGACUUUGGUAGGACUUUUGAAUUAGGAACAGUGGAUACUUUUGAGGGAAAAGAUAAGGAUUUUAUAAUACUUUAUAUGUGUGACAAUGGAAUUGAUGCUUCCAAUGACUUGGGAAUCCUUAAUGAUGUAUGCUGCAUGAUUACAGCUCUCACUAGAGCUAAAAAAGGCUGUUACAUUAUUGGAAAUGAAUCAUACUUGAAGCUUAACAAAGAUUGGGAAGCCAUGCUUCAAUAUGCCAGCAACACAUUAGCUAUUGUGAACUGCACUGAUCCUGAACAGUACUCAGAAUAUGUUAAGUCAAUCUUAUCUUCUCCUAGCAGUAGUCCAUCAACUGAGAGUAGCAUUACUAAUGCUCCUCCCCCUACUUCUACUUGUAUCACUGCUACGUGUGUAGCAACAGUUGUUUCUUCUGCUGUUGAUCCACGGCUAAACAAGAAAGCAACAGCAUCAAGCACUGAAUCACUCACUAAUGUAGCAGCUACAUGUUCAGCAUCACUUCCUUUUUAUAAAAGUACUCCAGAGCCUACGUAUUCUGUGGCAUCUAGAGAUGGGAUCACUUGUCAAUCAGAGACUAACACUUUAGUGAGUAUUAGAGACUCACCAUCAGCAACCUCUAUCACUAAUAGCAAACCACUCAGAAGAAGUACAUUCAGCAGUGUAGAAUCAGAGCUUGAAUUGAGUAGUGAAUCAUCAUCAGGAGAAGAAGAAGAAGAAGAGGAUGAAAGAGGCUCUAGAGACUUUGACCAUGAGAGACUCCCUAGUUGGCCUGACAGCCAACAGGUGUCUUCUGAAAGACCACAGCUUGUUAAUUAUCAUGACAUUGACUUAAAUAAGAACUUUCCACCACCUCCUCCAGCAUAUAAGGACGUCACAACUACUAAGAGAAAGUCAAGAGUGGCACAUGCUCCUACUGAUGAAAUUAAACUGGUAAGGGAUGUUUUUGCAAAUACUGAUACCAAGCGCAAUGAUGGCAUCACCAAAUCUACAUGUAAGUCUCGUUUACCACCUAAGAAACGGAAUUUACGACAGACUUUAGCUAAAAAAAUACUGAGCUAAAGUUAAAUCAUUUUCAAUUUUAUCUUGUAUUUAUACAUGUGCUUGUAAACUUGAUAUAAAUACUAUUCAUUUUAUAAUA